GUGUCCCCUGCUUUCCCUCUGAAAUCUGCUCUUAUGACAAAUAUCCUCCUUGUGGAAGCAGAACUAUGCAAAAACAUACAUAAAAUCUGCAUAAAUGAUUUGUAUGUAGGUGUGUAUCUCUGCAUCCAUGUGGGUGUGUGAUAUAUGAUAUCCUAACCAAUCACAUACCCAUGCCAUACUGAGGGCCACAUGUAUAAACCCCGAGUGUAUUUGAGAGAGAAAAGAGUGUUGUUGAGGUCUCCGGUCCCACUUGCUGCCUGAUUUUGCUGACGCUGAAGAAAGAAGCUGAAAGAUGAAGACUUUGGCCGUCCUGGUUCUCUGCUCCCUGGCCGUCAUCUGCCUGACCUCAGAUCCCUCCAUUGACUCCCAGCCUGCUGACGCCCCUGCUCAGGAUGGCAUGUUUGUGGAGAGGGACGAGGCGUCCAAUGUGGUGAGACAGAAGAGAGCUGUUGGAGAGUUGUCCCUGGCCCAGCUGGAGAGCCUGAGAGAAGUGUGUGAGCUCAACGCGGGCUGUGAUGAGAUGAUGGACACGCAGGGAAUCAUCGCUGCCUACACCGCCUACUACGGACAAAUCCCCUAUUAG